GAGAGACUUCCACACCCGCGCGGGCUUCAACUUGGUCCAGUCCGCGGUUGCUUCCCGGCGCUGACCUUUGCUCCGCGACGCGGUGUUACGUCACAGCCUGCGGCCAGCUCAAGAUGGCGGCGCCCGUGUGCGGCAAGGGGCUCGGGCUGCGGGUGCUGUCCUGGAGCCGAGCGCUGCCCGGUGCCUGGCGCGCCCUGCACGUCUCCGCGGCCUGUGCCAAGAAUCGGGCGGCCCGGGUCCGAGUGGGCAAAGGGGACAAGCCCGUGACCUACGAGGAGGCGCACGCGCCUCACUACAUCGCCCACCGCAAGGGCUGGCUGUCGCUGCACACAGGUAACCUGGAUGGGGAGGACCAUGCCGCAGAGCGAACAGUGGAGGAUGUUUUUCUUCGCAAGUUUAUGCAGGGUACCUUUCCCGGCUGCCUGGCUGACCAGCUUGUCCUGAAGCGCCGGGCUAACCAGGUGGAAAUCUGUGCUCUGGUGCUGAGGCAGCUGCCAGCACACAAGUUCUACUUCCUCGUGGGCUAUAGUGAGACCCUGCUGUCCCACUUCUACAAGUGCCCUGUGCGGGUGCACCUCCAGACUGUGCCCUCCAAGGUGGUGUACAAGUACAUCUAGGACAUGCCUGUGGUGUCAAGCUCUAGCCUGUAGAGGACAGAAACGUGUGGGAAAGGGGUGAAGUAGAAAUGGCAAAACUCAUCCCUUCAGAGUCCACAGACCUCACUUUCAAAGCUGCUGCUGAAUAAAUGGACUGUCCAUGUUG